ACGAAACAUGGUACAUAAAAGAAAAUAAAACUUUUCGCAUGCACCAGUGAUGAUAGGCGCUCGGGCUGACGCCCGCGCCGAUGUCACUCUCCAUAUAAACGCGAUUAGUAUACUUGUAACGCCCGACGCAUAUCGGAUAGGCUAACUUCUACCUUGCAGUAACCUGCAUUUAUCAUGGCUCUUGUAUACCGGGCCCUUAAAAGAAAAAGUGUCGUUAUCGUGUUGAUCUGUUUGGUAGCGUUAUGUUACUAUCUCAUCGGUGGUCGUCAGACCAGUCAAAUUCCAAAAGGCUUGACUCGGAAUGGGACAUUACCAACUGACAAAAUGAGUUUAUCUACUAAUCUCACAAAAUACAUGCGGUCUUUAGACCGCUCACCUCAGAACACUACGCAGAAUGAGGACACUAGAAGUUGGCUAGAACGUACACAUUGGGAGUCUAAGAUUGAUUACCACAUGUAUCACUAUCUAAUUAAUCCCAAGGAUAAGUGCAACUCCAAUGGCCUGGUGGUGGAUAUUUCCGGGAACUUGACAUUGCUUGUCCUGGUGAAAUCAGCACCUGGUAACGCCGAACUGAGGGAUGCCAUCAGGAAUACCUACAUGCAGGGAGCCAUAAAGUACAACGUGUCCGCUAGGAUCUUGUUCCUCCUUGGAUUCCAAGCACAUGGUGAAGUGCACCAAACGGAUAUCGUCAAGGAGGCUGAGACCAAUGGGGACAUCAUCCAAGAAGACUUCGAAGACUCUUACCACAACCUUACCAUCAAGGUCAUCAUGGGAAUCAAAUGGGCCAUGACAUUCUGCGGUAACAGUCACUUCGUGAUGCUGACGGACGAUGAUAUCAUGUUUGACAUCCUGACCCUCGUCGAAGAUCUGUCAAAGGCAUACCCAAAACAUCACUCGGGAUUCGUACUAGGUGAGGCAACGUACAAUGCCAUUCCCUUCAGAGACCCAAAUGGCUACUUAAAGAAGUUCUACACUCCAAAGACAUUGUACCCUCAGGCCAGGUACCCGACAUACCCGCAGGGGUAUGGGUACAUCAUUUCAAGGGACGUCGUACCUCGGGUUUUCCAAGCUUCCAAGGAAAUACCCCCUCCUGUACCGUGGGAGGAUGUCUACAUGGGUGCUCUGCUCCAGAAAGCUAGGAUAUCCAUAACAGAUAAGUUACCCUGGUAUCGAGAACGACACCCUGUCAAAACGGCAACACCGAAUUUGCUAGUUCCUCACAAUGACUACUUCAUGAUACAAUUAUCGAGUGCUAAAAUGAAGACAGUUUGGGAUGCAAUUCAGAGCGCGUUCAUCAUCAAUGCGAAUAACUCGGUACAUUAGUCUAAUAAUUGUUGAGGUGAUGUUAAUUGUUAUUGUAUAAUUGUUUUAAAUGGGGGCACGCUACAAUUAAGA